AUACCCAGGGUGCAUUGCACCGUGUUUCUGUACGCUGGGAAUCGGUGUCCCGAUGCUUUCGCCAGUGGCUGUUGAGCAGCAGCAACAACAACAACGACAGGCCUCCCUUCUCAGCGCUGCCGCCGUCGAGUUUUCAGGUGGUGUCUGACAGUUAAUUUCACCAGCUGAGGCGGCGGGAGAUGCAAGUCGAUUUGGCUGCCACGGAUGAGGAUUGGUGCCUUGUCCGGUUGCGGGAGGCGGAGCGAGGAAGAGAAGCGGGUCUGUUGCGAGCACGCCUGGGAUGCAAGGAGGGAGGAGACAGUCCAGCCAGUGGUUUACCCGGGGCAGACCAACCGCUUUCUACUUUGUCUUUAUAAAGUCUGGAGCACCUGCUUUUCUCUCCAGCUUUGGUCACCCCAAAGUCUUGUUUUGGUUGAGGCAAAGAGGCGGGUAUAUAUCCUCCCCCCUUUCCCCUCAUCAGCUGGAAUCGCUUCAUAAGGGGUUUUAAUUGUAUUUUAAAAGUGCGUUUGCUUUAUUCAAAUCUUUCUAGGUACUCAUUUACUGUAUUUUAUUUCUCAAACCCUGGUUGGCACAAUAGCAGUCCCAUGAAAUGAGAUAGACUGAGAGUGGCUGACUGGCCCAAGACUGGCCUAAGUGAGUGUCAAAACUGAGGAUAGUUUUGAACUUGUGCUUCAGCCAGUAUUUUAACAAUGACUCUAUACCUGCUCUGCAAAUACUGGUCCAAGCAAUGGGAGUUGGCAUUGCAGUAACCAAGAAGCAAAGGAAGCGGUGGCUAGCUGGUGCUUCCAUUUUCAUUUUUUAACUUUAUGCAUCCUCUCAAAGCCAGCACCACACUAUCUUCUUUCUGUGUGUAACUAGUCUGAAUGGACUGUACAGUUUUUGGGUGCUUCCAGAUAAGUGUUUAUUGUGGAAUCAGUUCUCUUUUUUUAUUUAUUUUUGCAGCAUCCAUGUAAUGUUAUUCGCAUGAAAAUACCAGAGCAUAAUUUUUCCCUAGAUUUACCCUUUCUGUGGAAAAUCCAAUAGGUUAAAAAUGUUGCUAAUGCCCCAUUUACAAUAUUAAGUCCCCAUCUAGAACAUUUGUAAUAAUCACAAUGUUUGUGUAUCUUCACUUAUUACCAUCUGUGUGCCAGCUAAAUUAUGGCACUCUGCAUUAGUGUCCAGCAGUUAUGCUUAAUUUCACUCAUAUUAAGUUGACACAAUCCUGUGUGGAUAUGUGCGUUGUUUUCAACUUGUGAAACCACAUGUUGAAUUCACCAAAAAUCAGUUAUUUGUCAUAAUUUAGCUUUGGCAUUGAUGGCUUUGGAUUUUGUGUAUAUGUGCAUGUUCAUAUGGUUUGGACAGAACAUAAAGAAGUGUUGAAUCAACUUAGAAACAAAUGGAGCUAUUCUGCAAUUGCUGAACUUUUCUAAAAUGAGAACUGAAUUUUGUUGACAAAUGCUGCAAACUGAGACUAAGCACCAUUUGACUCUAUGAGGCUUACUUAUGAGUAGGCAAAUAUAGGAUUGUGCUGUAAGGCAACAAGAAUGACCAUGGAAACAAACUAGGGAAAUGUUAAGGAAUUUAUGAGGUGUCUGGCUAAAUAUAUCUAUUAAGCUUUUGGUUGUUUUCACUCUGUUUUCUUAUAGGGGAUUCAAAGAAAGCGGCAGUACAUACCAGUCUCCUGAGGUUUUCAUCCUUCCACUUUUGUGAUGAUCAAAUGCUUGGCUGAAGAAGUGCAAACCAGCUUGCGGUCUGGAGUGGCCAUCAACUCACUAGGCCAGUGUGUUGAGGAGCUUGUCCUUAACAGCAUAGAUGCUAAAGCAACAUGUGUGGCUGUCCGAUUGGAUAUGGAAACUUUUAAAGUCCAGGUGGUGGAUAAUGGCAGUGGGAUGGGAAGAGAUGACCUCAACAAAGUGGGAAAUAGGUAUUUUACCAGUAAAUGCUACUCAGUGGAAGACCUAGAAAAUCUAAAGUUUUAUGGCUUCCGUGGAGAAGCUUUGGCAAGCAUAGCAAACAUGGCCAGUAUAUUGGAAAUAUCAUCCAAGACAAAUAAGGUAGCAAAAACCUUCCUGAAACUUUUUCACAAUGGAAAAGGACUGGAAGUCUCUGAAACAGAAUUGAAUAGACCAAGUGCUGGAACAACAGUGACUGCAUACAAUUUAUUCCACCAAUUACCUGUGAGAAGAAAGUGCAUGGAUUCCAGAUUGGAAUUUGAGAGAGUGAGGCAUAAAGUAGAGGCUCUUUCACUUAUUCAUCCCUCCAUCUCAUUUUCUUUAAGGAAUGAUGCUUCCUGUUCAAUGAUGCUUCAGUUACCAAAGACAAAAGAUACACGAUCUCGGUUUUCUCAGAUUUAUGAUCUAGGUAGAUCCCAGAAAUUACGAGAAAUAAAUUAUAAAUCUGCAGUAUUCGAGAUAAGUGGUUUUAUCAGUUCUGAAGGGCAUUACAAUAAGAAUAUUCAGUUUCUAUAUGUGAAUAAUAGAUUGGUAUUAAAAACAAGAUUGCAUAAACUUAUUGACUUUUUAUUAAGAAAACAAAGCAUUAUAUGUAAGACAAAAAGUGGGUCUUCGACUUCAAGUCCUGCUCGUCAGCGCUCUGGCCCAGAGCUCUAUGGAGUCUUUAUUAUCAAUGUGAAAUGUCCAUAUGAUGCUUAUGAUGUGUGUUUGGAACCUGCAAAAACUCUAAUAGAGUUUCACAACUGGAAUGCUCUCCUAGAUUGCAUUGAGGAAGGAGUAAAAUAUUUUUUAAAGCGAGAACAUUUAUUUAUUGAGCUGUGUGGUGAAGACGUUAAGGAAUUUAAUGAAAACAAUGACUUUUGUUUAGUUAAAACUGUAGAUUUACACCCAUCUCUCCUUGAGGAGAAGGACUUGCAAGAGAGUUACAAGAGAGCUUCUGAUAAUAUUGUGGAUUCUUAUGAAAUGUUUAAUCUGCAGUCAAAGUCUGUCAAAAGGAAAUUAAUUCAUGAAAAUAAGACAUCAGACCACACAGCACCAACUAACAAUUUGGAGGGAAUAGAUGCUGGCUCAGAUUUGACUAGCACUGGACCUGUUCAUGAUCUGAGUAGCAGUAAUGUGAAGAAUCUUCUGCCUGACAAAAAUGGGACAAUUUCCAGCUUGCCAAAGUUGGGUAACCUACACCAAGAAUCAGACAUUUCUGAUAAUCUCCCUGUUGAGCCAAUUAAUUCCAAGUGUCCAGAAGAAAUCGGCGAACAGGACAGGACAGUUGCUUUAGAAAUAGACAAGUAUGCUUCUACUUCACUUUGUACUGAGAAACAUGAUAACUGUGCAAAUAGGCAACAAGACAGAGCCCUUCAGGAAAGUAACCCCAGCACUGUCACUCUGAGACAUAUUGAAGCUAUGGAAGAUGUUAAUGAGUUUGAAGGUGAAUCUCUUCUUGGACACGGAUUGAUAGGAAAAUAUAAGCCAGUGACAGGUAGGGAACCGUCUGCAGGAUCAAAUGUCAAUGGAGAAGUGGUAAUGGGAAGGAAAAAAAUUAAGUUGUGUUCCACAGGCCUUAUAACACAUCUGAUGCAAAAUCUGCCACCUCACAAAACAACAGAAAUUAACAGUUCAUUAAACAGACAGACACAACUGGGUCCAAUAAGUGCCAAGGAUAUAUUUGGAAAAAAGCUAGAGUUUUCAGAGAAAACUCCAAGUGCUGAAGAAAACUUGAGGACCAGUGCUGCCAUUGGAAACAAAUGUAUGAGGAAGAAGAACAUGUCAGGUCAAAAGAAUGAGGUAGUUUCUUUUCCUCCACAUAGUAGUGUUGACUUUGUAACAUCACAUGGCAAAGAAUUUAUUUAUAAGGCACCUUCAGGUCCUGUUCAUCAUCUAGACAGUGCAACUCGAACUAGGGAAAUGAUUGAUCCUUCAGUUAGGCCUAGAUCCUGUGGCUUUACAAAACUAAGCUUGCAUCCAAAGCUGGGGUCAUUAGAUAGAUUCAGAAGACAUUAUGGGAACGUAAAGAGUACGCCAACAACUGAUGCGGAAAAGAGUGAGGUUAAAAGGCCAGCCUGUGGCAGGUAUCCCACUAAUGAGAAUACAAAUUUUCAGAACUCUAGUACUUGUGAAAUUCCAACUAAGGAACAUUUUGUGUCUAAUAACAGUGGUCAUGAUUGCCUUUUUUCUUUAGAAAGAUCUCAGCACUCCAUAGAAGAAAGUCUAUUACAUGGAGAAGCUGUUCAUAUAAAGGAGAGUCCUCUGACACUGACAGAAUACUCUCAGAUAAAAAAUAAACCUCUUUCUGGCACUAACUUCACAGGAACACUUGCCUCUAAAGUAUCUAGAAUGAAGGACUGCCUUAUAGAAACUUUAACUACAGAACCUCUAGGGCAUACUUCAGAACAAUCCCAAUCACAUUCAGGCCAAAAAGAUGAAGUCAGACAUGACCACCUAUCUCAAAAUAAUCUUUUGCAGAGUGCUUGCCAAAUACCUCAAAUUUCCCCAAGAAAAACAGGAGCAGAGAGUUUUUCUUUUGCUUCAGCCUCUGAUGAGCAGGAUGAUCCUGUAGGAAUCUCUAGCACAAGACCUGGGAACGCGGAAGAUACUGUCAGCCAUUGUUUCAUUGACACUGAUGGGGAAUAUGCAGUUUCCCCAAACAGAAGUUUAGCUUUGUCCAACAAAAAGGCUGAUUCUGAAGGCUCCUGUGAAAAUACAGGCAUUGUGGAUGGAUUUAUAAAGCAAGCUGGGAAAGCCUCUGAACUGCAAAAUGUGAACUUGAUUGGCAAUACGGAGGAUGCUGCAGAUGACUCAAGUGCAGCUGAGGAGGAAGAGCCACAGUUGCAUCAUUCUGAAUGGUUUCAGCAGUUUGAUGCUUCGUUGGGUAGGAUGGUAUACAUCAACAAACUGAGUGGACUGAGCACCUAUACUGCUCCCAGCGAGGAACCUCAGGCUAUAUGUACUAAAGAUAUAAGCACAGUGGCUGUAAACGUUGUCAUGGAGAGCGGUAAGUUCACAGUGUUUUUUCAGGUUUGCUUAUUGUCAGGGAUUAUUUAGUUGUGAUUCCUGCAUUGCAGGAGGUUGGGCGAGAUGACCCCCUUCAGUUCUGUGAUUCUAUAAGCACAAAACCAUGUAACCACCUGUAGCAGGAUAGGCAGUAGGGGGAGAGGGAGGAAGAAAGUCCAGGUGUUUGAAAAAAAUAUUUAUUUCAGUCUCAACACCUGUUGGAACAGUCCUUCAAGGGAGAGGGAAUACAUUCUCUGAGCAAGAAUUGUCACCAGUGUUUUUAUGCACUUGAUGAGAACUGUUCAAAACAUGCCCCUGAAACAUGUUGGGCCUGGAAUGAAUUUUCCUUCAAGCACUUGGGAGUUUCUUCCCCACCCCCACCCCCCACUCCCUGCUGAAAACCACUGUUCUUUUAUUUCUGAACAGUUUAUAUGCAGGUCUCCUUGCUGAUGUGUCUUUCGUAAUUCAUAAAAUGUUGACUAAAUCUUAUUUCUCCAUCAUUACAGUGUUGCACUGAUGUGAUUCUUUAAUGUUUUGUAUUAUGCUAAUCACCUAUUGAUCCUUUUAUAAUGAAAACAGCAAGUGGACAUUUUUGUAGACUAGCACUUGUAAGCACAUCUAUAGAAGUAAUUCUUUCGUUGGGUAUUUAGGGUUUCAGUGCAGAUGCCACCCAUUUAGAAGUGAGCUUAUUGUGCCCUUCCUUCCAAGACCUCGGCAAGAGAGGAGUUUAGCAAGCCAAGAUUUCAGAGGUAGGCCAGGACAUAGAGUACUAUGUUAAAUAAUAACAAACCAAAGAAUUCUGCCAGCUGUCCCAACAGGAACUUGGAGUGAUUCAAGGUCUCUUAACAAUGGGACUUGUAUGAAUCACUUGACGUGUGGAAUUGGAAAUAACUUUUUUAAGCGUCAAAGUCAAUUAAAAUGUGGAUAGCAUGCAGUGCCUACUUCUAUGUAAACAACAGUGAUUUGAAGAGGAAAAUUAAUCCCUUUCUUCUGAUUGUCCUAGUUCUCGUUUGGAAAUGACACCAUAUUUAAUUUUUGAGAUCUUUAUGAAUCAAGGAAAGGUGAAUCAUUGUUCUGGUAUGUGUUUUCUCUAGUAGGAAUGAGUAACUUACUUCAAGCCCUCUUUAACAUUUCAAGGCAGGGUAGAUUCUUGUACUAAAACACACACUGGAGGAAGAUCCUGACGCUUUAACCAUCUCACCUAAAGGUGACAGAGCUACUUAAGCAGCGGUUUGGGGAUACAAACUUUGCUUUGUAUCCUUCUAUAUAAAUAGUGCAGUGAAGUGGUUUUCUAAUCUUGUGCAGAUGUGAUAAAAUAAAAUCUCAAAUGUCAUAAUGGGCAGUGUGCUUUUUCUACUUGGAUAUUAUCUUAACUUGUAGAUGAAAAAAAUAUGAACCAACCCCCAUAGUUUCAAUACUUUGCAUAUAUUCUCUUCUAGAUACGCAAGGAGAAUCUCUCCAGUCCUUGUUUUCUGAAUGGGACAAUCCUGUGUUUGCUCACUUUCCAGAGGUGGGUGGAAUUGCGUCACCAUUAAUUAUUGGGAUUUGCUUCUGUUUUAUGUUGCAUUGUGAUUUUUGGACUGAGAUAAUAAUUGUUAUAUAGAUUUAUGGAACUGUCCAAAAACUUACCACUCACACCCAUUAUGCUUAUUGAGUCUACAAGUCCUUCAUGCAAUUUGGAAAUUGGUGGUAUUUUUGUUCAAACUUUUCCAAAAGCUUAUCCUGUUUCAUUUGGAAGCCAAAUUGCUUUUAUAGGCCCUGCUUAGAUUACCAAAACAACAAUCUUGACUUGAGGAUAAAGCACUGUGCCCUAGUUAUAAGCUAAAUGGUUUAUAGCACAGUUUUCAGUUAUCUCUGGCAAUGUAAAUAGUGCAAUGUGAUUGUUCUUGUAGGACUAACUGGAUUCUAUAAUGUGAUAGGGAAGCUAUAGUACUAUCCAUUGCAUUUACUGCUCAUUUAAAUUAAGUUUCUUUACUCAUGAGGGAUAUGGCUAUCUUUAGAAUAAAUGUAUUUAUUUGAAAUUGAGUCCAACUGAGCUUCAAGGAAACUGCUUUCAAGUAAAUAUAUAGAAGGAGUUGGUCAGUGAUGGAAAGUAUACACCAUGCCCAUUAGGUUAUAUUCAUAUUUUAACUUGGCAGUAGUCAAGUCAAAGCAGCAAACCUUCUGCUGUUGCCUUUUAAAAAAUAACAUCAGCUUCAAGCUUCAGUCCAGUAAAGGAUAGCUUCCAUCAUUAUCAUCUCAAACUGAUGUAGACAUUAAGCAUCUAUGUAAGGUGACAACAAUAGUGGGUGAUAGUUUUACUAGCUCGUUGCAUCCACUCCAAAUACAACAAAAUGCUGAUACUAGAGUGGUUGACCCCAUCGCUUCUCAAAUAUCAGUGGGACCAAUUUAAAUGUUUUGGGUAAGAUUGCUGCAAAAAAACCCACUUAUCUUGAUCAGAAGGACUGCACACUGCUGAUGUUACAACUUUAUUUAGCGUCCCACAGAGGUUUGCAAGAUGGUGUGGGAAACACCCAUGUCAGUGCUAUUUGAAUGGGACUUCGAGUUCUGUUACAAAGAACAUGGUUUAAAAACAAUUGUUCAUAUGAUUUUGAGUACUGAUAUUUGUUGUUCCAGCAGACAUCCUAAUAAGUUAAUUUUGAUUAUAUGUUUUAUAGGUUGCUCUUAAUGUGAGCAGUGGGCAAGCUGAUAAUCUUGCUGUGAAAAUCCAUAACAUCCUGUACCCAUAUAGGUUCACCAAGAAGAUGAUUGAUUCAGUGCAGGUAAAUAUGCUAACAAUUUGCACAAAACAUUUCUUUUGAGUUGGAAAGAUACAGACAGUGCAGUAGUUAAUAGCUGUUGUUAGCAAAUAAUGUUUUAUUGAUGUGUGUCAACAAAUUGAUGAACUAGUGAAAUAUUUUUGUUGAAUUAUUAUACAGUUAUUAUAGAUUUAUUUGUAAGUUUUAAUGAAUAGUCAUCUGAAUGUGUUACAGGUUCUUAAUCAAGUGGACAAUAAAUUUAUUGCUUGUUUAAUAAAUACUACGGCAGAUGAGAAUGAAGACACAGGUAAGAAUGCUACUUCCUCUAAGUAAUAGGGUUUUGCAGCUUUUGUAGAACUAGGCUUUACCUGGGACAAUGACAUAACUCUUUUCAUAUUGAACCAGUAAUGGCAUUUCUAAGCUGGCAUCCUGAGCCAUGUUGCUUUUGAGAAGACUUUAAUCUCUACUCCUCAGUUGAAGAGCAGAGAUUAAAUGCUGUUCCCUUGGCUGCACGAUCCUGUUCCGUGUUGGGAAUGGGGCACACAGGCAGUGCAAGACUAAACUCCAUCAUCCAGCCUCUCAGCUGAUGUCACCAAUGUUGUCAGCUGAUGGCCCAAUGGGGGUGACCUGGGGAAGAUGGUCUUGUGGGCCAAAUUGGAUCCCCCUUGUGGGCCAGGAUUGGUCUGCAUGCUGGAGGUUCCCAACCCCUGGUCAAUAGGACAAAUCUGCAAAAUAUCUUAAUGAUAUGAUGUAGAUUCAAAUAAUGAUUGCUAAUUCAUAAAUUAGUGUGUAUAAUAGACUUUUAUUGAAUUCAUCUGUAGAACAUAUCAAAAGAGAACCUAAUUAACCUUGCAUCGAGAGUAGACUUUACAAUAUUAACACCUUAAAACCUCUUAAGAUCGCUCUUUGACUGGGGAAGUAAUGUGUAAAAAUACUGCAAUUUUCUUUUUUCUAGUGCUUGAAAGUAAUAUAACAGGUUUUCCAUUAAUGCCCAAUCUAAACAUUUUUUAGCUAUUCUUUUACUUACAGUAUUCUUUGUUAUCUCCAAUCCUUUGCACACAAUAUUAUUGCCACAGCUUGUAUGUAAGAAGUUACUUCCUUGGUGGGGGGUUUUCCCUAUACCAAGCCUUUGACAUAAUUCAGUUUUUAAAAAAUGGGAUUUAAAAGAAUCUCUUAAACAAUAACAGAAACCAUUAUGCAUUUUAUCUUCUUCCCCGAUACUUUUUUGCUGCAUGACAUAUAAGAUAAUAUCCCCUCUUGCUUUCUUUUUUUAACAUUUCCAGCAUAUGCUCAGAAAACUUGUAUUUAUUCUAUUGGAUGAGAUGAGAUCAAAAGGAAAUUGUAGCACAAGUUUAUAUGCUGAAUUUUUUUUAUGAUGCUUUUGAUCUAGGUGGAAAUCUCUUAGUCCUGGUGGACCAGCAUGCAGCCCAUGAGCGAAUCCGCCUAGAGCAACUUAUUACAGGUAUAGUUACAGGUGGUUAAAAAAAAAAAGAGCAGCUUUCUUCCUUUUCUGAUGCAAAUCUGUAUUAGAUUUGUUGUGAUGUAUGUCAGUUAAUUGUAGGGAAUGAAAAUAUGGGAUCAGUUUCAUUGUGAGAACUAGCAUCCCCAACAUUGGCUUCUUUUGAUUUUUCUUUACAUCCCGUAUUUUUAGCUGAUUGUGAAUAAUCUCCUCUGUCCAACAAGGGAUGUGUAUUUUUCAAGCCUCAUGAGAUUCUGGCCACAACUCAGUAGAACACAGCAGCAGUCCAUUGUGCCUAUAACAGUUCAUUGACCUCCUUGUCAACAAGAGUUAUGAAUUUUCUACAGGGAAGAGUCCAAGAGAAACUUUUCUGGUUGUAGCCUGGCAGCGAAAAUUGCUCAAGAAUGUGAAAAGCCCUUGGGACUGCAAAAAGUGUUUGCUAAAGGAUUUAAAUGGAGUCACUAUACUUGUAACAGCUUGCUUGGCUAUUUUUUGGGUGGGUCAUGCGUUAAAGGAAAUUAUAAUUGUUACCUAUUCGGAAGGCCAUGGUUGAUACUGGCUGGGAAUCCUCAUGUCUCAUGAACAAGCUUGUGGUUGAAAAUAGAGAAUAUUCAGUUCUUAAUAUUAAAGGUCCUGCGUCCACUGCUGAAGAAAAUACUGUACUAUGUUACUUCAAACUGCAUGCAUGUUGCAUUCUAAAACAUAGGGCUGUAGGAUGAGGCAGUAAGGUACAUUUCUUAUAUAUAAGAUAGAUAACAGUGCAUUUGUUGUUAUCAGAUUCCUAUGAGAAGCAACCAGAAAAAUUGGGCAAGAAGAAAUUGCUGGCCUCCACUGUUUGCCCCCCAUUGGAGAUUGCGAUUACAGAGGAGCAGAGGAGACUCUUAUGGUUGGUAUUAGCCAGACUGUGAAUUGGCUGUGCUUUUUAUUUCUCUUUUAAAAUACACACAACUUUUUCUGGUUUAAGUCCAUCCAAAGCAGCUUACAACAAUAAAAACUACAAGUUAUUAAAAAUCAAUUAUUUCUAAAACCAAGAAUAACACAGAUUCACAAGGAUAAGACAGACCAGCACCUUAAAUUAGGCCUGGACACACACCGGCAGCCAGCGUAGCUGGUAUUGUAAAGGUGAUAUUGAAGCUGAAUGAGUAUCUCCUUCUCUGAGUUGUUCCUCUUCUGUGGUAGACGGAUUAUGAAGUUCCAAGUUACAUUGGUUGGAAGUGAAAAAGAUUUGUUUGCUCAAUCUCCAAGGACUGAAGAGCAGUCUUGUUCAAGUAUUUAAAUCUCCCAGUUGGAGAUCAAUUGGCUAUUAGAUUAAACUUUAUUAGGGUACAGGCCCCACAACACUUCUGAAAAAGUGGCUUGUUUUGCCUUUAAAUCAGCAAUUUUAAGGAGAAAAGUUUGUAGGGAUGAUAACCUAAAUUCUUCAAUGGAGAAAACUCCUAUCUGACAGAAAGUUUGGUUUUAAUAUUUAUUUUAACUGUGUAAUGUAUUCUGUUCUGCUUUUAUUCUGUUUUACAUUUUUAAUCUUUUGCAAUGUUUUUAGCUAUACAAAUAAAUAAUAUUCAAACUUUAAAGAAACCGUACUAUAUCCACUGACCUGGAAAUAAGCAACUUACUUCUGAAUAAACAUUUAUUUGGUUGUGGUGUAAGAGGGUAUGUUUUGACCAUAAAUCAUAAUAAAAUUUACAAUCUAAAAAGAUAGGUUCAAAUGCAAGUUCAUUUGCUGUUAAAUCUAAUCAUAAACUUUUCCCCCCUGAACUGAACAAUGACCAUAGCUGUCAACGUUUCCCUUUUUAAAGGGAAACUCCUUUAUUCUGAAUAGGAUUCCUCGCAAGAAAAGGGAAAAGUUGACAGCUAUGACAAUGAGUAGUGCUCUAUAAUAGAAACUCUGCUCCUCCAUAGAACUAUUUCUCACUUUUUCUUUGUAAAGAAAGUAUAUCUGCAAAUGAUUGUGGUGAUCCUUGAUUACAGUAUACUGUGUUUCUUUUAAAGAAAGUGCAGUAAUUGUAGUUUGGGAAUUUGUUCACUGGCUGGAAAGGAAUAUCCAAGGCUGAUCUUCCAGUUCAGAGUCUUGUGCUUCCAUUUUAAUUUCUAGGUGCUGCCAAAAAAGUCUGGAGGACUUAGGCCUUGAAUUAUCCUUUCCAGAGAACAAUCGCUCUCAGAUUCUUAUUGGGAAAGUGCCACUGUGUUUUGUGGAGAAAGAGGCCAAUGAAUUGCGCCGUGGCAGGCAGACAGUGACGAAGAGCAUUGUGCAGGUGAUAUGUGGAUGUGAAUAAUUUACUAUGUCUGCUCUAUAAUAACGAUCGGCAGCAAGUUGCUUGGAAGUCCUGUCUGCAUUACAAUUACUCUUGUUCCCUGCCCUGCAUAACUAGGAGUCUGUAAGAAGUCCUGAAAACAGAAAGAUACCAUGAAGUGUGGGAGAACUCUUAUGUGGCACCCCGCACCAGUAACAGACCGCGUGGUGGAACUGACCUCCUGACAGUGGAGUCACUGCUGCUUGCCAGCUGGAGAGGUUGGUGUGGUGCAAAUGCACCAGUUGGUGUGGCAGAUGAGCUCCGCACUGCACCAACCUUUGUGCCACCUUGCCCCUCUCCCUCACCUUCUGGGCAAACAGCUACAACUCAGCUGUUGGGAGGUCAGGUGAGCACCACUACCAUGUCAUCCACUACAGCCUCAUAUUUGUGACUUUUUAAUUUAAGAACCAGGCUAGAGAUCAGUUCAGAACUUGUAUGACUUUUCGGAAAGCAGAUGUCCUCAUUUACCAUGUAUGAUUUCUGAGUCGUUUCAACCUCAGGAUUGCUUCGUGGGUUACAGGUUGUCAAUGCAGUUUUAUAAAGCUCUUUCCAAGGCUAAAAAAAGAGGGAUGGAGCACUUCGUACAAUUGUAUUGGAAGUCUUACGUUGUUAACAGACAUAGGUUUGCUUUCCUCAACUUGGCAUAUUGAGACUUGUGAGUGGGUACUCUUUGUGACAAAGAAGCGAAUUAACAGCUGCCUUUCCUCCAAGUUGGUUCGUGUGUGUGUUGGCACACAUACCAUCUUGCUUACUGUGGAAGAAGGGCACAUUCAGUUUUUGACAUUCUGUAAUAACCAGAGUUUUUACAAAAUGCACUGAAUGACAGCCAAGGCCACACUUUUAAGGGAAAUAAUGUAAUUAAUGUAGUUGGGGAAUUACAUUCACAUUUAAUGACUGUAGGUAACUGUGAGAGGGUGCCUCAGAAGCUGGGUAUGUGUUGUCUGGUUAUAGGUUAUGUUUCUCCUGUACGCAUCCACUUUGGACAUCUGUAUUUGAAAACAGUUUCCACAUGUGGAUUAUGUUGCACAUUAGGCAUAGACGCUGAGGAUCUGGAAUGGUGAGGAGAAUAAAAAUAUUGGAAGACGUAUGAGGAAAAUUCUAUUCAGAGAUGCUACCAGAUUAAAGCAUGAUCUUUCAGUAUUGUUUCCACUAUAUCUGUUAAGUUUUUCCUGAGAUUUGGCAGUGCUACAUACAGGUCUUGAUCAGGCAGACUGGAACAGCUUGCUAAUAAUUCUUACCUAAAGUGGAUAGGUUAUUUACUCUGCAGAUGUAUUAGCUGCUUCAUAAAGAGUAUUUUUCGCCCUAUAGGACGCACCUAGAUUUUUUUGGGGGGGAAAUUAUUUUUCCCCCCCAGGCACGGGGCUGGGGCCAGGGAAGCCCGAGCUUCCCCCUCCCCCAGCCCCCAAAACGGGAUCCAGAGCCAUGUUGAAGCUGCGUGCAGCUUUGGCAUCGCUCUGGGAGCUUGCGGGGCUGGGGGAGGGGGAAGCCCUCCACCAGCCUCCAAACCAGGUUGGGAGACAGCGGGAUGGUGUGCUGCGCCUCCCUGCUGUCCCCCGAGUUUGUGGGGCUGGCGACGGGGAGGAGCAGGCUUCUCCCCCCCGCCAGCCUUCUAACCAAGUCGGGGGACAGUGGGAUGGCGGCGUUCCGCCUCCCCGCUGUCCCCCGAGCUUGUGGGGCUGGCGGUGGGGCUCUCCUGAAGCCUGGAGAGUGAGAGGGGUCGGUGCGCACCGACCCCUCUUGCUCUCCAGGCUUCAGCGAAAACCUGCAUUCGCCCCAUAGGACGCAUACACAUUUCCCCUUAAUUUUUGGAGGGAAAAAGUGCGUCCUAUAGGGCGAAAAAUACGGUAGAUAGCAACCUAAUCAUAAGAUAUUUAACAUCCAAAUAUAUAGAAAUGAUACUUAAACCUACAGAGCAUUUUAUACCUAGGAUUUGCUUAGCCUGUUUUCCAUUGUAAUUGGCAAGAUGGGUUUGGGGAAACUGCAGUCAUACUCAUGCAUGAAAAGCCAUUAAGGCUGAUAGUCAACCAAGUUUUAAUCAGAGUGGACCCAUUGAAAUUAAUGAAUAUGACUAAGUUAGGUCCAUUAAUUCCAGUGGGUGUACUCCAAGUAAACUUGGUCGACUACUACCCAUUAACUUAUUUUGAAAGUUUUCUGUAUUAUCUUUCAAUUCAAAAUUUCCAGGGCAGUUUAUAAUAACUAAUUAAAACACAAUAAAUUUAACAUUGGAUCUGCAAGUUUACUACAUAGUGGGCUUCUUAGUUCCAUCCACAUACUUUCCUCUGAGGCAUCUGCUGUGCUGAAAUGGGCAUGUAUAGAUCCUUUGCAUUCUGAUUAUUAUUUUGUUACCAUGGUUUUGAUAAUCCCUUUUUGAAGGACAUAGAUUUUGUUUGUGAGGGUGAGAAAAGAACAUAACCUCAUUUGGCUGAUCUGUAUCUUUUGUAUUUUUUAGGAGUUCAUUCGAGAGGAAAUUGAGGUAUGGUGUGGGUGGGUGGGUGUGGUUUAUAAAGAAGAGCUGUAUGAAUUAGACAUGACUUGCACAUUACCCUCCUAAAGUCGGAAAGCAUAUUGAAUUUCCAUCUGCAUGUUUUGGAAUCCUGAGGUUGGGGCAGACUCCUUCCCACCAGUGGCCAAACAGGAGGAUAAGAAAAGCCAGCCCUCCCUAUGUGCUUGGGGAGGAGUUGGAAGAAAGGGAGCAGCCGCAUCAUGUUGUCCUUGGACCUGUGACAUCUAACUGUUUCAUAGCAAAUGUACAUUCUUCACUCUUGCCAUUGGUAGACAGCAAUUUACCCCCUUCUUUGAUAUUCUAAAACAACAUAGCCCAGAAAUAGUGAAGCUCCCAGAAGAAACACAGUAACAAAACAGUGUCUAGAAGGGAGCAGAUACAUUAGUAAAUAAAUAACCAUGUAUGUUUAAACCACAAAUGGCCUUUCACUGGAGAAUCUGUGGUACAAGCUGUUGUUACAUGGAAAAGGAGGGAAAAUAUACAGUGCUCCACAUAAAUUGUUCUUUUAUUGUGUAGGGUUCUAAAAUAACCAGAGGAGAAUUCAUAUUCCCCUGUUAAGGGAACUAACAGUCUGUAACAGCCUGAGGGCUGUUCACAACUUACACUUGGAUGAGGUUAAUUACUCAGAGAAGGAAAAUGAUUAGUAACUCUAGACCAAACCACCCCCAGGAUUAUGAAGGGGUUUGUGAGCAAAAUACUUGAAGGGAGCUGUCUGCUGAGCACUCCCUCCCCCCUUGCUGAGGAAGGAGUCCAAUGCUUGGGUGCAACAGUAAAUUGUUUCAAAUUUAGAGCUCGUCCCCAUUUCCACUUGUGCUGUGUCUGAGCAGUUUCCCCCUUGCCCUGCUCCUUUCCCAGGGAAAAACUGCUCUUUAGUGCUAAACUGGAGCAAAUGUGAAUCCAGGGGAAAAGCUGAAUUGCUGUUUGCUCUGAUUGAAUGCUAAAGAGGGGUUUCGCCUAGUGAAAGCAGCAGAACAAAAGGAAGUGUGGAUAUGCCCUUAGUUGACUGCUGGUGCAGAGCAUGGCAUGAGAACGGCAAGUAGGUUAUAUGGACCACCUGGGACCUCACUAUCUCUAGUUGCUGUGCCUUUUCAUUCUUAGUUGUCUUUAGAAACAAUUGCCCAAUACUGUCCUGCUGUUUUUCAGCUUCUGCAAUCCACAGGAGGGGCACGAGGAACACUGCCUCUAACAAUUCUAAAGGUUCUGGCUUCCCAGGCUUGCCAUGGUAAGGAAAGCAUUGUUUAUCUUGGGCCACCUUUCUUCUACAGAAACCUUCCUCACACUUUCAGAGAGGACAGGUGUAGUUUUCAUUAAAAGCAGAACAGCAGGGAUCUAUAAUGUUUCAUACUGAAACUGUGCUUCCGUAUAUCAGUUUACUGUGAACUCAGUGCUGCUCAUGCAUGCAGGUUUUGUGCUGCAUCUAAAUAACAUCAUCCUUAUCAAAAUGCCAUCCCAUGUUGUUUUCCCAUUUAAUCCAGAUUUACCAUUUUCAUGGAGGAUCCGAAGCGAACUCCCCAUGAACAGUAAUGGGGGAGUGGGGAAUGAAAUGGCAUUUUGAUGAGGAUGGUGUUGUGUGGAUGGUGGUGUAUUCUGUGAAAAAAUUGCAUACACAAGCAGAAAUGUGGAGAAAAAUUUGCCUUUCAUUUUCACAACUAUUGUUUCUUCCUCACCCUCACGGGGGGAAAAAAUGGGUUUUACUACAGGUAUGAGUUGCAAGUUGUGUGCUGUUGGUUGCCGUAGUGAAACAGAUAUUAACAUAGUUAUAGGCCUUUGGGGGGGGGGUCCCUCUCCUUUUAUGCAACUUCAUGGCUAGGAAAGAGCUGCCCUUCUUGUAGAGUUACUCCAUCCAGCCUCUUCUUUUUUCAGGUGCUAUUAAGUUCAAUCACAGCUUGACUUUGGAGGAGAGCUGCCAUCUUAUGGAAGCUUUGUCAUGUUGUCAGUUACCUUUUCAAUGUGCUCAUGGGAGACCUUCGAUGCUGCCUCUUGCUGAUAUAGAUCACUUGCAGCAGGAAAGUCAGGUAUUACAUUCAGCAGACAAAAUGCACAGGAUGUGGUGGUGACUGAGUGUGCCUAUCCUAACAGAAAUUUCAUACUAACCAUCAAGUUUGCCUGGGUAGAACACACUACUUCAGUUUUCUUCUUCUGUAUGUGUGUAUAUUACAUGCAACCUUUUAGGGUAGAACCUUCCCAAUGUGGUUUGCUUCAAAUUUGGACAGAGAGCGUUAAUAAUGUGCAAAAACUAUCCAGCAUCUCAUCUGAGAAUUAAUUCAGUUGAAGUCCUAUGUGAACUACUAUUAUAAAGGCCUUUUCAAAAUACGAUUUAGCUUUUUGAAUAAUACCUGUAAAGGAACACAUGAGGAAUCAGAACUGAACAUCCAUGUCCAUGUGGAUUUCUGAACAGGACCAGGCAAGAAUCUAAUACAUUUCUUGCAGAUAUUUUCCAGUGCAAUCCUAUACAAUGUCUACUCAGAUGUAAGUCAUAUUGAGUUCAGUGGGGCUUACUCUCAGGCAAGUAGAAACAAGCACUGUUCAUGAUGAUUGUAUGACAACAAGUUUUAAUUAAUUUUGCAGAAAAACAAAAAGUAAACUUGGAGGGUACCCUCCAUUUAAAUAUCAAUUUGUACAGAAUUUUAUAAGCAAUAUUAUUGGAUUGUUUUCUUUGAGUUAAGGUAUGUGUGACCAAGUCAUUAAUGUUAUUUUUUCCGCUUCAGCCUAAACCUAAUCUGGCUAAACUAAAGAAAAUGGUGAAGUGCUGGCAACUCUUUGGGAAAGAGAAGGACGGUUGUACCUGAAAGCGCUGACCAGAUCUUAAAAUUUCAUUGAAUGCUGAUGCCUCUCAACAGGUAGUGCUUGAGGCAAACACCAAUAGAUGUUCCUGUUAUGGAACACAAAUUACUGUGGGACCGGGAUCAACUCUGAAAGCACAAAAGAAGAAGGAACUUCAGCAUCCUGAAUUCAUUAAGCAAGGACCAGGAUUGUCUAAUACUUAAAAAAUAUAUGAGGCAGAAUAUUCACAUCUGUGCUCCAGAAAAAUAUGGAGUGACUUGCAUUGCACUAGCACUGUAUAAUUAAAUGCUUUUGAAAGGUUGUUUUGUAAAAUAAUAAUAGUAAAGUAAUAAUAGAAUCACACUCUUGCCUCAUUGCUUUAUGGUCAUACCAUUAUGGUCCUACACAGAUUCAACAUUUGAUCAGAACUGUUGCUUCAACCAAAUUAUUAUACUGCUUACCUUAGUAUUUUUGUCAUUUGGUAUUUCAAGUCACUUUUAAAUGCUGAUUGCAUUAUCCAACUGAUGCAGGCUAGAGUUUCAAACUGAAUUACCACCAAAAUAAAAUGCUUCUUAUUCUUUGAACCACCCUGAGAUGUCUGGGUAUAGGGCGGUAUUCAAUAAAUUAUAAUAAUUCACUAAAUAAUUAAAGCAUUCAGAUGCUAUUUUGUAGAACUGGUUACUUUAGCUUGCCCUGAAUGCAAGUAUCAGCAUUUAAUUGAAACAAGAAUGAGAGCAGGCUGCUUUCCACCAGAAACCAUCUGAACAGCUAAACUUUAUUUCUAUGUCCUAUUUCAAGAAGCAAAGUAGAAGAAUCAAGGAGCUGGACCUGUUACAGGAGAAUUUGUGAUGACAGACUGAAGGUGGCUUAGCAGCUGCAAGCAAAUUCCUUUUCGAUGUUUAGGCCACCACUAAACUAUGGCCUCUAUGCUAUCCUAAAACUUUCUCAGCCAAGAUUUAUACUAUGUCUUUCAAUAAAGCUGACAGAACCCAGGACUAGAGCAGUGCUUUUUCUGACAGAGAAAGCAAAGGUCAAAUAAAGUAUCUUUUGAAGACAGUAAGUCC